GUCUUCUUUUACCAGAAAGGGUCAUAAGGCACCUGGUUGAGACUAGAGGUGUUCAUCCGGACUGUAUCAGGAUCCAACAGCAAAAAAAUAUCAAGGCGGUGCAGCACUGCUCAGUGCAUUUACAGCAUCCGUAACGCCAUACUACUCUGAGAGAUGGGCUGCUACCCAACUGUUGUGUUUCUGUACUGUUUCUGUGGGCUUGUUGCUGUUUGGGCACAGCCAACGGCAACAGAAGAAUCAGUCGUAGAAGUGCCAGAAGACUGUAGAGAGGAGAUGUACCCCUGUACUAGGAUGUACUCUGUCCAUCAGCCUACAAAGACAUGCCUCCAUGCCAUGUGUAUCUAUAGUCUUCGCCGAGUUUAUGUGAUCAACAAAGAGCUCUGUAUGAAGACUGUAUGUCCACAGGAAGAGCGACUGAAAGCGGAACUAUGCAGAGAGAAAUCUGGCUGGCCCAAAAGACUUCAGAGAUCAGCUCAAAAAAUUACUGGCUUACCAGUAAAACCGAAACAGGGGAAACCGGGACAAAUGCAAAGACUGAGUGAUCAUGAAUAAAAAAAGUACAGGUUGGAAAGAUGGACGAAGCAUUUAAACAAAAACAACUCCAUGUUAUUUUGAACUUUGUGUUCAAGUUUCUGGCUAGGUGUGUCUUUUAACUCUAGCUUAUAUUUUCUUUUCUAUAUUAUUGCAAGGUCAUUUCUCAUUGUACGUUAAACGAGAUACAGUGAGGUCCAAAUGUUUGAGAUGGCAUUUUGAAAAAUUCCAAAAUAAUAUAUAAAAAUCAAGAUUCUGCUCUAUUUCUUGAUCCCUAUUUAAAUAAAAGUAAAUGUGUGAUAUUGGUCAUGUUAACUAUUUUGUACAAACGGUCAGAUUUUCCUUGUGUCUAAUCUCUUUUACGUAGUCAAACCAAAUGCUGAAACUCAGACAAAUAUUUCAGAUUCAAUUAUUUUUAAGUUACAUUAAAUUACAAAAUAAUGUAAAAUCAAAGCAUUGUCACUAAUGUGCUCAGAUUUUUGGACCCUACUGUAUAUAUGGACAGAUAUUUUGCUAAAUAUAGCCACAUUAUUCAAUAUCAAUAUCUAACCAUUGUAUGCUCAUGAGUCCAUUUUAUAUAAUUUAGUGUUUCAGUGUAAGCAAAAAAAAAGUAUGAUGCACUUAAAGCAAUUAAAAUAUAUCCUGUCAUGUCAAUAAUUUAGUUUUAUAAUGCUAUAAAUACAAUAAAUUCAAGUCCAAACCUC